UCUAGAUAUAUAGUUAAAUGGGUUCAAUUAACGGAUAUGUGGCCAACUUUGAUUCUACCUAAAUCCCAUUUGCUGCCUAUAUGUUAAAGAACUCGAGGUGAAGUUGUUGGUGUACAAAGUCCAAGAUCAACAGCUAAUCUUUUCACUUCGACUGUCCUCAGUUGCGUCAGUACUACACAGAGGAAGCCACCCCUUAUUCAAGCACAUCAAUAUGCUGCCAAGCCUAACCAUCUUCUAGAAGCUAUGACAUCAGCCUUAUCACAUCAGCUCUAACUACCUAUCCUAUAUUUUAGGAAUUCUGUUAGAGGUCUGUUAGGUGAUCUUAGUAGUUGUAAUAAUGUUGCACUGACAAUUGUAAUUGCUGAUGUGUAAGUUUGAAGCUCACUCAUUGGUUGGAACACAUCACCAAUCACAUUGUAUUUAUAGUUUACUCAGCUGCUGUAAUUCAUUCAAUUCAUUCUUUCAGAAAUAAAUAAAAUUCUGUCUAAAGUUCUCUGAUCUCUUUCUCUUUCAAUGCUUGCUGAUAAUCAGUUUCAAGCAACAAACUCAACCUAAAUGGUGAGUUUCAACAUUGUAUCAGAGCAGUGAUCAAUCGAUCCUGCGUUUUUCUCUUCUUCUUGUUAAUUCUUUAAUCAAAUCUUAAUAGAAAUUGUGAUUUCACAACAACAAAAUGCCUACACAUCAGCAAGAUCCAUCACAGAAUCCCAAUUCUGCUUACUACCUUAGUAAUAGUGAUUUGAAUACCACCAAAUUGGUGAAUAUUGAGUUUGAAGGUGAAGGAAAAAGUUUCAGUGACUGGAGAAGAUCAAUGAUGAUAGCAUUGUCUGCUAGGAACAAGCUUUGCUUUGUAGAUGGCAGUCUGAAUCAACUAGCAGCUAAUUCUACAAACUACAGAAUGUGGAUCAGGUGUAAUGACUUGGUCAUUUCAUGGAUACUUGCCUCUCUUGAACCUUCAGUUGCAAGAAGUGUUCUGUGCCUUAAAACUGCAAGAGCAAUAUGGCUCGAUUUAGAGGAAAGAUAUUAUUGCAGAGAAUCUGGACCUCAGCUAUUUUAUGUUCAACAACAGUUAGGUGAAUUAACACAAGGAGAUGAUGAAGAAGUUGCUAGUUUUUUCACCAAGAUCAAACUUCUAUGGGACCAGCUGGAUGGAUUAGAACCUUUACCUUUUUGUGUUUGCAUAGGCUGUAGUUGCACACUCACUCAGAAAUUGUUGAAAACACAGCAGAAUCAAAUAUUGUUUCAGUUUUUGAUGAAACUGAAUCAGAAGCAUGAGCAUACUAAGAGUACUAUAUUAAUGAUGAAUCCUUCACCUACAAUUUCAAAGGCCUAUGGUCUUUUACUUCAGGAAGAACAGCAAAAGGAAGUACAUAAUUACAGAGUUCAAGUGCAUUCAGAGUCCACAACAUUCAAUGCAAGAAGAUUUGACAAUAAACCUUACAAGAAUCAGUACAAUUCAAGUUCUAAUCCUCAAAAUUCAGGAUCUGGAAGUUAGUAUAGAAGCUUUAACAACACUAGGAACAAUAUGUUCUGUGAUCAUUGUAAAAUGAGAAAUCACACUAUUGAUAAAUGCUGGAAACUUCAUGGUUAUCCAAAGGACUUUAAGGGUAAAGGAAAGAGAAUAGCAGGAGCAGCAGCUCAACUGGAUGAGUUUACUUCUAAAGAAACUCAAGGGGAGGCAGAUGCAGGGAUGAUUCAUGCUACUUUUACAGAAGAGAAAUACACUCAAUUAAUGAAAUGCCUACACAGUCAGAAAGUUGCUAAUCAAGUUGAGAAUAAUGGCUCUCACUCACUUGGAUUAGCAACUAGUUCUCAACCUAAAGGACCCUUCCAAGAACAAGCAUACUCUUCUUGGUAAGUUGGAGAGAGGUCUGUAUAGCCUAAAUGAAGAUCUCUUUGCACCAGACAUGAUUCCAGUUCCAAAUAAGUAUGCUCUUUCAGCAGUCAAGCCAGCAGCAAUACAAGAAGCCAAGUUGUGGCAUCUCAGACUUGGACACAUGUCUUUUGGAAAAAUAAAAGGUCUCAAAGGUGUUGAUGUACAUCGUUGUUUAGCUGAAUCAUUUUGUCAAAUCUGUCCACUAGCCUAACAAACUAGAUUUCCAUUUUCAUCUAGUUGUAUCAAAACCACUACACCUUUUGA